AUCAGGAAAUGACCCACUAGGAUCGGACCCUAGACGCCGAAUGUGAGUCACCGAUGUGGUUGUUCAGCAAGAGUUUCUAUUGCUUCCCAGACUGGCAUAUGCAAAACCAGGUAUUCAAAUAGGUAGAGGUGAUUCGGGUAAACGAACGCAAAUGGUCUCCGCAUCCAUGACAUCCGACCCGGCUCCAGCUGAGGCCCGGGCUCUCCCGAAAGGCUACACCCUUCACGCCGGCUACCCGCCCAUCCCGGCGUACCUCCACCUCCGCGCGGCCGCCGGCUUGACCCCCAAAACAGCCGCGCAAGCAAAACCCGUGGCCGAACACAGCUGGUAUGGCUGCUACAUCACCUUCUCCAACGCCACAGCCAACAACAACGAAGGAAAAGACGACGGAGACGAAGAAGAAGUCGUCGCAAUGGGCCGCAUAAUAGGCGACGGCGGCUGGUACUUCCACAUCGCCGACAUGGCGGUCCUGCCGACGCAUCAGCGCAAGGGGCUGGGCGAUGCCGUGCUGAAGGAUCUGCUGCGACACAUCAAGGAGCAUGCGCCGCAGGACGGGACGGGCGCGUAUGUCACGCUGUUUGCCGACGGGCCGGGGAGGAGGCUGUAUGCGAAGAAUGGGUUUGUCGAGUCCCUGCCUUCGGGGCAGUUGGGGAUGAAUUUGCCUAUGGGCUGGGAGAGGCGAUAGAGGUUACAGCGAGAUGGGUCACGCAUUUCCUAAGGACCUGGUGGGCUCUCGCUCAUUCACUGUGCA